GCGGUCGACUGGCGGCGGCUGAGGCACUUCCCUUCUUCGCCGCCGAAACUGUGAGAGCGCCGGGAAAGGCGGAGAAGACCAAAGGGCUAUCAUGAUGCGGCUCCGCAGCCCUGCGCUGCUGAGGGACCUGCUAUGGCUCAGCCAGACCGGCACCGGCGGGCUCAGCUGUUGCCGUCGCUCGGCGCUGAGGUGGCUCCAUCCCGCUUGGCCCGGCGUGGCCGGUGGCCGCUUGCCUUUGCGGUUCAUGCCCGGGGCUGCUGCCGCCGCCGCCGCCCGCUCCUUGUGCACCAAGUCCGAGGGCAUCCUGGAGCAGGCUGGCAAGGGCCCUCCGGCCCAGCAACCGCCGGCACCCACGACGUCCGCCGAGAUGCCCGCCUCGGCCCUCGGCCAGAACAGCCACAACGCAGCCGCAAGCAAGGAAGCAGGCAGCUUGGGGGAAAAUAAAGGAGGUUUGUUGCCUAGCUUGGAAGAUUUGCUCUUCUAUACUAUUGCAGAAGGACAAGAAAAAAUACCAGUUCAUAAGUUCAUCACAGCUUUAAAAUCUACAGGUUUACGAACAGCAGAUCCGAGACUGAAAGAAUGCAUGGAUAUGUUAAGAUUGACACUUCAGACAACAUCAGACGGUGUCAUGCUAGAUAAAGAUCUCUUUAAAAAAUGUGUCCAAAGCAACAUUGUGUUAUUAACUCAGGCUUUCAGGCGAAAAUUUGUCAUUCCUGACUUUAUGUCAUUUGCCUCUCACAUUGAUGAAUUAUAUGAAAAUGCUAAAAAACAGUCAGGAGGGAAGGUUGCGGACUAUAUCCCACAACUGGCUAAAUUCAGUCCUGACUUAUGGGCAGUAUCUGUUUGCACAGUCGAUGGGCAGAGGCAUUCUAUUGGAGAUACCAAAGUCCCAUUUUGUCUUCAGUCCUGUGUAAAGCCUUUGAAGUAUGCUAUUGCUGUUAAUGAUCUUGGCACUGAUUAUGUACACAGAUAUGUUGGUAAAGAACCUAGUGGAUUAAGAUUCAACAAACUGUUCCUCAAUGAAGAUGACAAACCUCAUAAUCCUAUGGUGAAUGCUGGAGCAAUUGUGAUCACCUCUUUGAUCAAGCAAGGAGCAAAUAAUGCUGAAAAGUUUGACUAUGUGAUGCAGUUCAUGAAUAAAAUGGCUGGAAACGAAUAUGUUGGUUUCAGUAAUGCCACAUUCCAGUCUGAAAGAGAGAGUGGAGACAGAAACUUUGCAAUAGGCUAUUAUUUGAAAGAGAAAAAGUGUUUUCCAGAGGGCACGGAUAUGGUUGGCAUAUUGGACUUCUAUUUCCAGCUGUGCUCCAUAGAAGUGACUUGUGAAUCUGCUAGUGUCAUGGCAGCCACUCUUGCCAAUGGCGGGUUUUGCCCCAUCACUGGUGAGAGAGUCCUAAGUCCUGAAGCAGUUCGAAACACUUUAAGUUUGAUGCAUUCAUGUGGCAUGUAUGACUUCUCGGGGCAGUUUGCUUUCCAUGUGGGUCUUCCUGCAAAAUCUGGAGUUGCUGGUGGCAUUCUCUUGGUUGUUCCUAACGUUAUGGGCAUGAUGUGCUGGUCACCUCCGCUAGACAAGAUGGGCAACAGCGUUAAGGGGAUACACUUUUGUCAUGAACUGGUUUCUUUGUGCAACUUUCAUAAUUAUGAUAACCUGAGGCAUUUUGCAAAGAAGCUUGAUCCUCGGAGGGAAGGUGGUGAUCAACGACAUUCCUUUGGACCACUGGACUAUGAAAGUCUUCAGCACGAACUUGCAUUAAAAGAGACUGUGUGGAAAAAAGUGUCACCCGAAUCAAACGAGGACAUCUCCACAACUGUAGUGUAUAGAAUGGAAGGCCUGGGAGAACAAAACUAGUGCACUGGGCUCUAGUUUCAGAGAGUUUGAUUUCAUUUUUAACCACACUCCAGUUUGUCUAGAUUACAGAUUUUAGAUUUAUUGUCUAGAUUUUAGAUUUAUUGUUUUUAUUUCAGUGGGUUGUAAAUAUGCUUGAGACACCCCAAAUUGUUAUAUCAAUAAUUUUAUACUAAUUGCUUUAAUAAUCUUUUUCCACAAAGCAAUUUGAAACAAAACUGAAUGUGUGCUAUUUAAAACUUGUGUCAUACUUAAAGAAUGAAUUGUAAAAUGGGAAUUUUAAGGAGUGCUGUAAAUGUGAGAAAUCUUGCAAUGCAAUCAAGAUGCAAUCAGCAUAAUUGUUAACCAAGAACAUGAGAGCCAAAGAUAUAGGAAAAUUUAAGUCCUGGAUCCUAAGUAGAUAUUUCUUUUUAUUGUUAAUAUAUUCUAAAAAUUACCUUUUCUCUUUUUCAUGAACAGUGUAAAAACUUGAUCCCAUUUAUUCCAAUUAAAUUCAGUUAAUUUCAGUGUAACCAAAUGUAAAUGAAGUUAACUGUUCAUGUACUGUUUGGCAAUACUGAGAAAAGAAUUCACAAUUUUUAUAUAAAGCAUAUUGGUAAACUUUUUUAAGCUUGUGUAAAAAUAUCAGUAUGUUACUACAUAAUGUAAGAAAGUCAUGUUGGAUUAGACAAAAAUUCUAAUUCUAGGAUUCUGCUUUUUCAAUGGCCACUUAGCAUCCUUUUGCUCUUUUUCAGCAGCAGUUGAUAUUGUAAGUCAUUCUACUUCUGAUAUAGAAGGUAGUGUAUAGCCAUUAGGUCUAGCAUCCAGCUGAUAACCUCAUUCUUCAUGAUUGUUUCUAAUUUAUUUUUAAAACCGUAACAAUAUAGACCAUACCUAUAUCUUAAGAAACAAAUUUCAUGAUACAAGUGCUCUGUGAGGAAUCACUUCCUUGUUUGAUUGGUGAUCUUGGUUUCUGAUAUUAUAAAAAGGAAGAAUAAAAUUUUAUCUCAAUGGUUUUUAUACCCUCUUUAUUUUUACACCCCUUUUACUUUUCUAAGCUAAAACAUAUUUAUAUAAUAUUUUAUAUAUAUUAAACUAUUUCUUUGUAGGAGAUUGAUUUCUUAUAGUAGUGCGUUAGAAAUAUGUACUUUUAUUGAGCCUUCAGCCUCUGAAAAGAACGAUUGUUUGAUUUGUUUAGGCAUCAAAAAUCAGGUACAAAGCUAGUUUCCACUACUCAGUCAUUUGUGAUUUCAGUAGCCUACAACCCUAGAAAAUUAGUGCCCAACUGUAGAUGAGGUAAGGAUAUGCUCAGGAGCCACUGCCAAAAAACUCUAUUUAUUUAUGCUGUUCAUCUCUUCAAGGGGCAGAAAUUUAAUACAGUUGCUUCUGUGUUAGAAACUUAUUGUGCUGUUGAAGGAUUUCCUCUGUCAGCCAAGCAAAAAAUGAAUUACUGUGUCAAACUUUAAUUUCAGCACAAUUUGAGGGAAGAAUCAUAAAUUCAAUAGGCUAGAAAAGAGUUUUUCCCCACUUCUCAGCAUUUUCCCACAAAUGCAGGGAUUGGUUUUUUUGUUGUUGUUGCAUCAACUGAAUAUUGAUGCAUUUGGCCAGGACAGAGUGGAUCAGCUGGCUUGUCACUUGCCAUGCUAUGUUACAUAGACCAACAGUCUUGAUAUGAGUAAAUAUUCAAUAUACUCAUAUAAUAAGUGUUAUCUAGUCUCAUGUCAGGUUCUUUCUAUAUUUUCUGAUUUUAUUCAACGAUAUUUUCUUCUACAAAUGAAAACUUGUUACUCAAGCUCAAUAUUAUUAUUGGCUUUAAAAAAUCAACAUGGCUAUGGUAUUGGUGGCUUUUUCUUAAUUAGACUACUAAAUAUCUCAGAAAAUUUUUAGGAAGGAAAAUAAUAUUAGCAUGUUCUAAGCCAGGAAUGGGGAAUCUGUGAACCCUUUAGGUGUUUCUGAAUUAUAACUUCAGCAUCCCUUACAAUGAGCAGUGCUGCCUUUGUUUGCGGGAAUUGUAAACCAGUAACUUGGAAGUAGCAAAGUUUUUCUAUUCAUAGCAUGAUAGAUUUGGAAGGGAUGAGAAAGAUCCUGUAGUUCAGGUCUCUGCCGUGUGCAGUUCCAAGAUUCUUGAGAGAGAGAGCUGUCUGACUAAGAGUUCAUAUAGGCAAACUGUUCCAUUUUUGUACAAAUUUUAUUUUCAGGAAUUUUUCCCUUACAUUUAAAUAACAAUUGGAAAUGCAACUUCUACCUAGUCCUGAUUUUUGUGGCAGUGGACCGUCUUCCCUAAAGCAAUCUCUUUCUUGAGUCUGCCCUAAUAGGAAUGCCCUCCAUUCCUUGCAUUGUUACUUUUUGUUCUCCUCUUAACAUGUUUGAACCUCUCAGUAUCCUGGAAAUACGAUGCCCUGAUUUGUGCACAGUAGUCAGAUUGGGUUCGUACCGUGGCAGAGUAGAGGAGAAUAAGGAUGUCAUAUGCCUUGGGUACAAUGCUUCUUCUAACAUACCCAGAGCUACAGUAACAACUGUGAUACACUGUUGUCUCUCAUCCAUCCUGUUUUCAGAUACCAUGACUAAGCCCUUUUUGAUGGGUUUUUCCAAGCCAUGAAUCCCCCAUUGUGUAUAUGUGCUCUGCAUUUUUAUUCCCCAAAUAUAAUAACCUACAUUUUUCACUAUUGAAGAGUAUUUUGUUCAUUUCAGCCCAGCCUGUCCAGAUUUUGCAAUCUCCUCUCAUCUUGGGUGGUGGCCAUUUUAUGUCAUCUGGAAAUUUGAUCUACAUGAGGAAAGUUUGGUCACUACAAGCACUAGAAUGUGCUCUUGAAGCACUGAGGAAUAUAGGAAACAAAACUGCAGUGCUAAGUUAUGUUUAAAGAAGUUUUGAUUUAUCAAUCUCUACAACUUGUAUUUUUAGAAAAGUAUCUAUAUUAUAAUGACUGCAGUGUCCAGAUUAUCAUGUUAUUGGAUUGCAAGUGAUCCAAACAGAGUGAUAAAGAUGAAGCUGAUCUGAUUGGUUGGUUUUGAGUGGUGUACUAGUGUGAUUUUUGCAGAAAAAUGUUUUCAAGCAGAAUCAAGCUUAUACUGACAUACUGUAGUACUGCUCCCAUAAAAUUUUUAAUUUGUUGCUUUUGUAUUUUGGUUAUGGUAAAAUAAUUUACGAGUCCUUGUUUUAAACGGCAUGGUAAUUGUAGGGGUGAAGUAUGCUUAGCAUCAAAGUAUCAAAAUGUUGUUUAUGGUCCUAGGCCAAAACCAGGAAAAAAUUAACCAUAAAGAGGGAAUUUUAAAAAGCAAAAAAACCAGUCAAGAAUUAAUAAAAUGUGGACAUUACAUUGGACUAAGAUGGGCAAAUGAUUGGGUCAUCUGAUGUUACUAAAACUCUGUCCUCAUAGUGCUUACCAUAGAUGACCUGGCUAAAAGUGACCAGUGAUGAGAAUGGUGAUAAAAAAUAAGUUCUGUUUUUUUGAAAUGAGAAAACCUGUGAGUUUAAAGUUAAUGUACUCCAUUUUAAGCUUGAAAGACUUCCUAAACUAUUAAAACAGUUAUUUCAAACUUGAUAUGGGGUGUUUUGAAUUCAGAGGAGUUCAAAUUUGAAAGAUUUUACAUAUUUCAGUUUAGAGUCUUCUAAAUUAUAUCCACCAGAAAAAUGACUACAUUCCAGGAGAAAUCAACAUUAAGGGCAAGGCCCCCAAAAUUGACAGAAUAUUAUUGUGUUUAAUCUGUAAUUAGUACAGUUAGUGCAUGUGUGUUCAUAGCAGAAUCAGUUCUUCAUAUUCAAACAUUUAUCUUGUAUUCACCACUCUGCCUUUUGACAUACUUAAUGUUUCAUUAAAAUAUACAAUGUAUUUAAA